ACCCCUCAGCUCCUGACGUGCAGCUGCGAGACCGGGUGAUGCAGCUGCGAGCAGAGCUGAUCGAGUCAGCAGGCAUGGAGCAGACUUCUUUCAUGGCCAAAUACCCGCCCCGCGUCUUCACUCACCAUCAGAACCAAGACUGCCCGCCUCGGAAACAAUCCUACAAGGCUGACGAGAUGCAAGAUAACCAUCACUCCCCGCUGCCUUCGCACCAGUACAUGGAGCUCCGUGUCAACACCAUGAUCAAGUUCUUCCGUCGAAGACUUCCUCUAUACAAGUUUCGCGUCGCGCUCUUCAACUGGCUCAUCAUUGUGCUGAUCGCAGCUGCUGCUGCGGUCGCCAACAUUGAAAGCGCGGAGUAUGGCGCGAUCUGCAUGGCCUUGGCUACAGCUGUAGUCUCGUGGAUGGAGUUUGACGGCACACGGCAGAAGCUCUCGCGGUACAACAAGUCGCUUGUGUCGCUCAACAACAUUGUCACCUGGUGGAACAGCAUCUCUGACUCUCACAAGGCUUCUGUUGAAUCCGUCAGUCUGCUGGUGAUGCAGGUGGAAAGCGUGAUCGCUGGGGAGAGCGACGCCUGGUUGGCUGUGCCGAUGACGAAAGGAAUCGAGGAGAACAAGCAGAAGCUUGAAGCUUCAUACGACAUCACCACGCGACGAGGUUCAUUCUUGUAAAGGUUGAA